AUUUUGAACGUGCAGCUGCUGCCGGCGCUGAGUCUCGGCAGGCAGGGCUGGUAGCUUGGCGAUCUCGCCGCCGUCUUUCUCCGUCCUUACUCCAUCCACAGAGUAUACACAGAGCGCAGCUAUAGCUGCAGGCCUGUGUCGGCAGGGAGCUCACGGAGAUGAUGUUAAGAGGAAACCUGAAGCAAGUACGCAUCGAGAAGAACCCGGCCCGCCUUCGCGCUCUCGAGUCGGCGGCGGGGGAGAGCGAGGCGGCGGCCGCCAUGGCGCUCGCGCUGUCCGGUGAGCCGGCGCCGCCCGCGCCCCCGGAGGAGCACCCGGACGAGGAGAUGGGCUUCACCAUCGACAUCAAGAGCUUCCUCAAGCCGGGUGAAAAGACGUACACGCAGCGCUGCCGCCUCUUCGUGGGCAAUCUGCCCACGGACAUCACCGAGGAGGACUUCAAGAGGCUCUUCGAACGCUACGGCGAGCCCAGCGAGGUCUUCAUCAACCGGGACCGCGGCUUCGGCUUCAUCCGUUUGGAAUCCAGAACACUGGCUGAAAUUGCAAAAGCAGAGCUGGAUGGCACCAUUUUGAAGAGCAGACCUCUCCGAAUUCGUUUUGCUACACAUGGAGCAGCCCUAACUGUCAAGAACCUUUCUCCAGUUGUUUCCAAUGAGCUUCUAGAGCAAGCAUUUUCCCAGUUUGGUCCAGUAGAGAAAGCCGUUGUGGUUGUGGAUGAUCGUGGUAGAGCUACAGGAAAAGGUUUUGUAGAAUUUGCAGCAAAACCUCCUGCACGAAAGGCUCUGGAAAGAUGUGGUGAUGGGGCGUUCUUGCUAACAACGACCCCUCGUCCAGUCAUUGUGGAGCCUAUGGAGCAGUUUGAUGAUGAAGAUGGUUUGCCGGAGAAGCUAAUGCAGAAAACUCAACAAUAUCAUAAGGAAAGAGAACAGCCGCCACGUUUUGCUCAACCUGGGACAUUUGAAUUUGAGUAUGCAUCUCGAUGGAAGGCUCUUGACGAAAUGGAAAAGCAGCAACGUGAGCAGGUUGAUAGAAACAUCAGAGAAGCCAAAGAGAAACUGGAGGCAGAGAUGGAAGCAGCUAGGCAUGAACACCAGUUAAUGCUAAUGAGGCAAGAUCUAAUGAGGCGCCAAGAAGAACUCAGACGCUUGGAAGAACUCAGAAACCAAGAGCUGCAAAAACGGAAGCAAAUACAACUGAGACAUGAAGAAGAGCAUCGUCGUCGUGAGGAAGAAAUGAUCCGACACAGAGAGCAGGAGGAACUGAGGCGACAGCAAGAGGGCUUUAAGCCCAACUAUAUGGAAAAUAGAGAACAGGAAAUGAGAAUGGGUGAUAUGGGUCCCCGUGGAGCAAUAAACAUGGGAGAUGCGUUUAGCCCAGCACCUGCUGGUAACCAAGGUCCUCCUCCAAUGAUGGGUAUGAAUAUGAACAACAGAGGAACUAUACCUGGCCCACCAAUGGGUCCUGGUCCUGCCAUGGGACCAGAAGGAGCUGCAAAUAUGGGAACUCCAAUGAUGCCAGAUAAUGGAGCAGUGCAUAAUGAUAGAUUUCCGCAAGGACCGCCAUCUCAGAUGGGAUCACCUAUGGGUAGUAGAACAGGUUCUGAAACCCCUCAGGCACCAAUGAGCGGUGUAGGACCUGUUAGUGGUGGUCCUGGUGGUUUUGGUAGAGGAAGCCAAGGGGGCAACUUUGAAGGCCCCAAUAAGCGUCGUAGAUAUUAAACAUUCUUUCAUUCCUGGCUAUUUAGAGAAAAAAAAUUCAGUGGUAUGCCUUUACGUUUUCAUCUGUUACCUGGAAGAAAUGGUUUUAUUGUUAACAUAUGUAGACUUUAAAGUUUUUCCUUUGUAAAACUUGAGGUUUUUGUAUUUUUCUUUAUUCUUAAGCUUUGUAGAUUAGAAUGGUAAUGAUGCUCAUCGUUGUGAAUGUUUAAAUGUGUUUGUGACUUUAGCUAAAAUAAGUAUGCCAUAGUACUGUGAAAUCUAUGUAGUUAAUUUCAAUAAAGAAAUCAUUUUGGAUCAUUUAAAAACGUUAUUAGUGGUAUUCUCUUAAAGUUUUACUAAGAUUGUUUAACAGUAAUACUUUGGUUGCUUUAACUAAUAUCAGCCAUUUAAAAAUGAAAAUGAUUUCCUGCUUUUUAGUUUGUGCAAGUAGCACUGAAGAUAGAAGCUUAGUGAAAGCUAAUGUCAGUAAAGGGUAGAUAGAGCAGUACUUUGGGGAGGAGUGGGAAUGAGAGUUCACAUUUGUAUAAACCUUUCAUGUUCUGUGAAAUCAGAGUUGCUGUCUGCAUUUCAUAUAGAUUCUGAAUAUUCAAAUAUUCUGAGAAGGAAUAUUAAGGAUAUCUUUGUCCUGUGCUGAUUUUUCCAAAUAAAUCUUUUGAAUCUUGAAAACAAA